CAUUAUUGGAUUAUUUUUCAAUAACAUUAACAUGAUCAUGAUACAAAAAAAUAAAAAAAGAUUAUUGUAAAAAGCAAUUUUUGCUUCAUGAUUGACAUGGUUUUUAGUAUUUAUAAGUAGUAGUAAUAAGUUGUAAGAAGAAGACAUGAAACACGACUCAAUUGCACGUAUUGAAAGGGAUGCCAUUUUAUUUUAAAUUUUACUUAAUUAUUAUGCAAAAGGCUGCUUUAGUAACCAAAAGUCAUAUAAAUGUGAUUAAAUACAGAAGAAGAAAAUGAAACCAAACAGAGCAAACUCAAAAGUCUCAUACAGAGAGAGUCUUAUCAUUUCAUAACUUGCCAUAGCUAUGGCUGCAACUCCAACUCCUUCAUCCCCCCAAUCAUCACCACAAUCAGUGAAUACAGAGGAAUUGGAUCACAUAAUCCACGGACUUGGAUUUGAAAUUGAACACGUUUCAGCCCAAAAAGUCUCAGGCAGGAUGAAGAUAACACCAAAAUGUUGUCAGCCAUUCAAGGUGUUGCAUGGAGGGGUUUCUGCUUUAAUAGCCGAGGCAUUAGCAAGUAUGGGAGCCCAUUUGGCAUCAGAUUUGAAAAGGGUUGCUGGGAUUCACCUCAGUAUCAAUCAUGUCAAGAGUGCCCAAUUGGGUGACCUUGUGUUUGCUGAGGCUUAUCCUGUUAGUGUUGGGAGAACUCUUCAAGUUUGGGAAGUUAGGCUUUGGAAGAACAAUAGUAAGAACAAGGAUAACCAAAGGUCUUUGGUUGCUUCUUCAAGAGUUACUCUUAUGUGUAAUUUGCCUGUUCCAGAUAAUGCUAAACAUGCCGGGGAUCAUCUCAAAAAGUACGCCAAAUUAUGAAUACUUUUUUUUUUUACUUGUUCUUCUUCCUUUUGUAAAAAUCUUAUCUUUGCUAUAAUUAUUGCUGUUGCCAAGAAAUUUCUGGUUUAUUAUGCCAGAUUCUAGCAUUUUUUAGUUGGAAAACUAUAGAUUAUGCUCUCUCUAUUUAUGUAAUUAGCGAUUGUUUGGGAGGAAGGAAACUGGAAUAAGAGUAGAAGUGUAUGAUUAUUAGUUUUUCUUUUGUGCUUUUUUAACUUUUUGGCCUAGUUCAAUCUGGUGCGGACAUUUCUAAGGAAACUUUUUAUGGCUUCUUUCUUUUUUUUUUUUCCCCCCCCUUUCUUUGGGCAAAUAAGGACAGAAACCUGAAAGUUCUAGCCUUUGUGUUAGUAUUACUAGAUGAUGAUUCAUUCAUCUCUGAUGUCUUCGAGUAUUGUUUCAUCUCGUAUAUGCCUAACUGAUUGAGCUAUAUGUUAUUAGAAAAUUUUCAGUCUCUGGUACCUUCGUUUUGGGUCCUAAUUGUGAGGCUGCUACUUGGGUAAUUAUGUUCUAUGAAGCCAUUGUAAAUGUCAUCAUAGUGCCUUCUGAUAUAUCACCCACUUUUGUCAUGUGAUGUGAGGGUUGUUAGGUAUAUUUGGCUUAUUGGCUUUAUGGAAUAUAACAUUUUUAUGAUCAUCCAAACAACUCUUGUAUGAAAGAUUUUGGGGCUUGUGACUUUCAGUAAAACAUGAUGCCUAUGCCAUAAAACAUCAUUUUCGGAUAGGAAUCUACCACCAUAUUUGGUGGUGAAGACCAUCAGGGGAGGAUUGGCAGAAUCAAGUAUACAAGUUUUCUGCACUUUUUUUAACCAUUUCAUAAAGGGCUGAUCAUUGGCAUUAUCUGGUUUGGAUUAUAGAGUAAGCUCUUGCAUUUUUCAUGAUAUUCAUCUGGAUUUGAGAAUGGCUUGUUUAGAUAGAACUUUUAGGCCUUGCUUGAUGCAAUCUGUUCUUUUCUCAUAAUGCUUUCUCACCAAAAAUGUUGCUAACAACCUCCUUUUAGCCGUUUACGGGGUUGAAUUUCACUUGAAGAGGUAAAGGGUACUGUGGACUGCUAACAACCUUCAGUUAGCAGACUUUUGUAAGGUGAAUUGAAGAAUCAAUUGCCGUCGUUGUAAUGAAUACCAGUUGGUACAAGGAGCGGUUGCAGCUUUUGUAAUUCAUUAACUAAGUAAUCGCUUUUUUUUUUUU